CCCAGGCUGUUCCCUCUAGGAGGCGGGGCGGUUUCCUGCCAAUCACCUGGCGUCAGCCCCGCCCCCAGUCGCUGCCGCCUUCCCUGCCCUUGGCCCCCACGCCCCAACCCCCUCGCCGGCGUUGGCCUAGGGGCUACCUCGCGGGUGGGCGAGGCCGGGGCUCGGGCGAGCGGUAAGAUGGCGCCGCGGCCUAUGUGAACUCAGUUUUGCCCGCCCCGGCUUCGUGAGGAAGGUGGGAGUCAGUCAUUUUGACAUCUCCUGAAAGGAACAUCCAGCAGGAGCUGAAACCUACUUCCAAUUGAUCUCGUGGCAGAGGCAGAGAGAUUGUUGAUUGCUUCAGCAGUUCCACACAAUAUGACCUGCUCUCUAGAGUCCUCUGGUGGUUUCAAUGGCUCAAGGUCUGAGCAGACUAAAAUUACCUCUCUCCUACCUAAAGACAAUGUUCCUAUCUCAUCCUGGGGUAGGUUUGGACUGGAUGAAGAUGGACUAGAUGACUCCUUACUGGAGCUCUCUGAGGGAGAAGAGGAUGAUGGUCAUUUCAGUUAUACAGAAGAAGAGAUUCAGGAGCUCUUGAAGGAUGAUGACUCAUUAAAUGAACAGUCUCUGGGAGGAUUACGAAAAGAUACAGGUGGUGACCCUGAGAAGUUGGGAAGCUGUAGUUGUGCUUCGUUUAACUCUCCCCAAGAUAUAAAUGUACUCUGCAGCUUGGGACCCAGAGCUGGGCCAGCUAGCAUCCAUAAACUACCUCAGAUAAGUACCCCAGCUAGUCACGCACCUGCUAGCAGACACUUUGUGCCAGAAAAAAGUCUCUUGAAAAUAACUGUUGUCUCACCUUUUAAUUCAACGGUUUGUGAUGAUGUGCUUGGUCCAAAGAAGACUGAGUUUUCUUCCAAAGAUGGAUCCAAUAAUGCAUACUGUUUGGGAACCCCCUCCUUGAAGGAAGAUGUGAGUAAAGAAGAUCAUGGCCAAAAUGAUGGCAAACUUUGCACUAAAGAAACCAGCUCUUCUUGUUCUGUCUGGGAAGGGCCCCAGCCUCAUAAAGCUGGCCCUUCUCAGGAGGCUCCUAGAGCAAGUGGGCCUACUUGUGAGGAGUCUGUGCCCAUGGCUUCUCCGACCUUGGAACAGUCUCAGAGACAAGAGGUGGCCUUAUCUUCAGGCAAUGGUGGACACAAAUUAAGUGACACAUCUGUUCAUUCAACCAAACUGGUCAGACUAGACAUGGAUUCUGAGCAGAAGGAAGGAUAUGAGAGAAGAUUAGGCAAAGUCAUUCCACUUCUACAGGCCAGAGCAAGGAGUAAGAUUCAGACAUUUUCGCAAACUGAGCUGGAACAGAAGAAGCAAGUUUACCUUAAGAAUGUCAUUGCUCACUUAAAACACCCUCUGGAAUCUAACCAAGGUACCUUAGGCGAGUUCUAUGCUUUGAUGGACCAAGUUGCUAAUGUGGAAUAUCACAUGCAGCACCAGCGGUGGCAGCACCCCUCAGACCUCACCAUGAGAAACUACCCCCGAUUCAGACAGAAGCCCCUACUGAGGUACAGCCUGACUCAGUGGGUAGACAGGAAUUUGCGAAGUCAUCGUCGAUUCCAAGGCCUUGCCGAUCAGUUCCAGCGCCCGCCAGUUGUCUCAUCCCCUCACCUGUGAAGGAGCUGCCUUCAAGCACCCACCUCAUCAGUACUCAUAGCAAUUUUUGUUCCUUUCUAUUUGCUUUGUAGAUUUCCAAGUAAUUUUAUUUUAAUGAGAAUUUUUUAAAAAGAGCUUUAUCAUCUUUUGAAAGUACCCAUCCCUAUACUUCAUCUAUUUUGAAUGAGGUGCUUUUUGUUUCCUUUAGUCAUAGUAAGGUGGUGUGUUAACGGUGCAUUUUUAAUAAUUCAUUUUUGGCUCAAGGGCACCUGUUUCUCAAGAGCCCUUAUCUGGCUGAAACACUCAGCCUUCAGCAGAGUGACUUCCUACCUUACAAAGUAGAGAUCCACUUCCGAUGUCUAGAAGAGACCUUAGAGCUUUUUAAAUGAGGCAGUACCAGCCCACAAGGAAGUGUAUGUUAGCUUUAGUUACUCUGCAACUAACAGACUCAAAUUUUUUUGUUUGUUUUUGAACUCAGAAUACCUAUCAGUAUUUUGUAAAUGAAUAAAGCCAGGGCAUUUCAAGUAAAGAGCAUUUCAAUAAAAUAAGGCAAGUAAAGAAAGGACAUGAUAGAGCAAAUUUAUGAGCUCCCUCUCUCCCCUUUUCUGUACCUUCAAGAUGCCAUUGUCAUAUGGCUUUUCAUUCCUCAUUAAAUAAUUUGAUUUUGCUUGCCAGUGUUUACAGACUUUUGCACCUACAUCCUGUGACUAACUCUGGAAUAAUGCCUGAUCAAUAUCUUUGGAGUGUGGUUGCAUCCCCUUCUUAAAGAACUUUUUCUUUUUUCUUUUAUACAUAUAACUAUUCCCUAGGGCUUCUGCCUGGAACAUUCCUAUAACUUCCAUGCUGUCUUGUGGAAGGACUACCUUGAAACCUUAACUGUAUAAAACAGAUUAGAAAUGCAGAUUGAAGGAAAGUUAUUAGUAGGUUUUUACCCUCCUUAGCUUUAAAUACAAGCUGUUGUGUUGUUUACCUUGAUUCCCUAUCAGGUAUCAGCAAUGGACACGAAUGUCUUUAUUAUCAUCCAGAGAUACUUUUAGGGCCUGGUAUGUCUGUUGGCCCUGGAGGGGAGCUGGAAGUGUCCCACACAGCAGAUAAAGCACUGCACUGGUCAUAGUCACUUUGGUGUUUAAAAAUAACUUUGAGCUUUCCCUUGUCUAACCAUUUGUUAUUAAGCGUCUACUUUGUGUAAGACAAAAUAAAAAGUUCCUUCCCUUAUAAA